AUGAGUGAUCGAGAGGAAGAACAACAUCAAUGUUUGGAAGAGACAACAACGCUACUUCCUACUACAACACAUGACAGCACAUAUCAAGGCAGCCACAGAAAGGACUGGAAGUACUACUGUGUGUGGUUUUGGAGAUUCUGUAUAUUUGGCGUUACAGGCUCAUCCAGUGUCCAUGUUACGAGUUCAGUUUUGAAACUGUUGGGUUGUCCUGGUGGAACAUGGUAUUAUUACGUAGCAUUUUUCUUUGCUGAGCUUGUGGUAUAUACAAUCAUGAUUGUGGCUAUCGGUACAUUGCUGUUACAAUGGCGGUUCUUUUGUUUGGUAGCCUUUAAAAUGUGGUCCUGGAUGAUGCCGCACAAGCUAAAGGUUUGGUGCUAUGAGCAUCUUCAUAGCCAUAGAAUCACACUGUAA